AUGGCAGGCGGCCGAGCCUUGUUCAGGGACCCCGCCUCUUCGCUGGACGACGUGGUUGCGGCGCUUGCCGAGCCUGAGAUCCUGGCCGACCGCCUCGUGUGUGAGGGCACGGAAGUCUUCCUGCGGGACUGCGCCUUCCGAGGCGAGCCUGUCAUGAUGGUGUUGGGAUGUUGGCCCGUCCACGACUGCUCUGCUCGGGAAGCUGCAGGCGUGCGGUGCGAGCUGGAUGCCUGGAACGAGUACACGACGGCAAAUGGCCCAGAGCCGCGCCAAGAGCAGGCCAUGAUCUGGGACCCGGACACUUCCUCGGCUUUGAUGUUUGGAGGCCACGCUGCCAACACCUUUCAGUACUUCAAUGACCUCUGGCUGUUCCACUGGCCUUCGCGAAGCUGGGCCGAGCUGCAGCCAGAUGUUGGCUUUCCAGGUCCGUCGCCCAGAUUCGGCCACAGCGCCGUUUGGGAUGUGGUGUCGCGCACCAUGCUGAUCUUGGGCGGAAGUCACGUGCACGAGCGCUAUGGCGAAAUGUGGGCCUACGAAAGCACAGGAAACCGGUGGACGCCGUGGCUUUCGAGCGAAGGGCCCGGGCCACGUGUGUACCACACUGCUGUAUGGGACCCGUUGCGUCGGGCCAUGCUGGCCUUCGGUGGCGAGAGUGGGGUAGGCAUCCUGGCGGAGCUCCAUUACUUCAGCUUCGUGAGCCGAGAGUGGUGGCCUUUGAAGACUGGAUUACCACGCAGCAAACACACGGCCUCCUGGGAUGCUGCCAUGCGGCGCAUGCUGGUCUUUGGGGGCUGGGACGGGCAAACGCACCUUUCAAACCUCCAGCGCUAUGAUGCCAACUCCGACAGCUGGGCCGAAGUCACAGCCGCCGGCACCGUGCCGUGGCCGCGAAGUGGGCACGCUGCCGCUUGGGACCCUGCCUCCGACAGCUUCUUCUUUGUUGGAGGCGUGCAGAACCGAAGCGGCACGCUGAGCUUCAGCGACGGCUUCUUUAGCUUCAGCGUCCCCGCUGGCAUUUGGACCGAGCUUGGGCCAGGAGCUCUGGCAGGCCCAUCUGCGCGUGCUUCUUCAAGCAUGGUCUUCGAUGCAGCCUCUCCAGCGUUGCUGCUCUUUGGCGGCUUCAAUGGCUCCUACCUGGGUGAGACGUGGAGGUAUGUCAUGACUCCCACUCCAACUCUACGCUGCCAGCUGGGCCAGCCUUGCCUACCAGCAGGUACGGAUGCUGGCAGCCUGAACAUGGACAAUCUGCGGCUGAAAGCAAGUUGCCAAGACUCCCAUGGCUUGCCGCCUUUGGAUGGCAGGCGCUUGUUUGUGGAGCCGGAAAGCUACCAACUAUGCUCCUGUGGCGGCAGUCCAGACUGCGUCCUAGCACAAGACUACACCGUCCCUGUGGGCCGCUUCAUUGCCGAAGGGCCUUAUGCCAACCAGUCUGCGCUUUGCUACAUUGGCUGGAAGUGCACCGUCCCCAUCUGGAUGGGAGUCGGCGUUUCUACCAACGAUUCUCUGAUCACACGGAAGGAUUGCCAAAAUAUGCUUGCGUCAACGUACAGCUUGAUGGUCACUAUACACGAAUCUGCUCAUGCUUGGCUCCUGGAUGUGGGAGUGAUCGACUCGGCUGGAACACCCGGAGUUGUGGAGCUUUGCUGGUGUCCUUUCAGCCAUUCCUGCGAUUCCGUGGAGGACUUCCAAGCAACGGCGCUGCGCCUUCACAUCCAGUGCCCGCCGGGGCAAUACGAGCUCGAGAGCGAGUGCCAUCCCUGCCCUGCAGACCGGUACUGCCCGGGAGGCCAGCAGUUGCGAAGCUGCCCGCCCGGGAGCACAGCUCCCAGCGGCUCCAGCGAGCUUUCACACUGCAUCUGCGUUCGCGGACGCUACUGGGACGAUGGUGCCUGCGCCCUUUGCCCAUACGGCUCCACGAAUACGCAGACGGGAGCGACCUCGGUCACAUCUUGCGCGUGCUUGCCGGACUUCGCCAACACAAAUCCGGAGACCCCCUGGAUUUGCGACUGCGGGCCGGGCUUUGGCUUUGACGUAGAGCGAGGAGUCUGCGAAGCCUGUCCAAUUGGGUCUUUCAAGAUUGCUGCCGGCAACAUGCUGUGUUCAACUUGCCCUAGUGACCGGUCCACUCUGCGAACAGCUGCGAGAUCUUCGACGGAGUGCCUUUGCAGAGCAGGCCUCAGCCAAGACGGGGAAGCCUGCGUGGAUUGCCCGCAGGGAUUUUUUUGCAAUGGCACAGGCGUUGCGCUGCAAUGUUUGGACGGUGCUACCUCCAGUACAAGGUCAACGUCUCUUGAUGACUGCCUCUGUGGGCCAGGCCUUUUCAAGAAUCAGAUCACGUGCGAUCCUUGCCCACAAGGAAAGUACAAGGAAGACAUUGGCAACGCAGCAUUCUGCAGCCGCGACUGUCCAUCAAACAGCCUUAGCAAGGAGGGAUCCACAGGCCUAGCAGACUGCUCAUGUGCUGGAGGCCAUUAUGCAGAGCUGGAUUCGGAAGGCAGGCUUUCCACAUGUGCCAGUUGCGCCGGCCUGGCUCACUUCCGCUGUGAUGGCGGCUUCCGCGAAAGCGAUGAGAACGGGACCAAACUCCAUUUGCCUCCACUCGCCCGAGCUGGCUUCUACCAGACCGGCAUCUUGACAGCCUACAAGUGCAGUGUUGUUGCUGAGGAUGGCUUGAGCGCAUGUCUCGGUGGAGUGACUUGUUCAGACAAUGACAACGGCAAGUCCGGCAGCCUUGAGCACUGCAGGGAGGGUGCCGUGGGGAACCUUUGCGCGCCUGGAUCUACAGGCAUGCUGUGUGGCGAGUGCCCUGUUGGCUGGGGCAGGCAGAACCUCCAACGGCCCUGCGUGCCCUGCACCGCGGCCGCGCUCUCGAUGACUACAUCGAUUUUGGCAGAUGUAUCACUCAAGGCCCUGAUCAACUUCAUUGUGGCCUCCAUGGCAGCCACCUCUGCCAUACGGGGCAGCGGCAAGCUCCAUACCAGUAUGCUACGGAUGGCCAACCAGUGGGUCGCCGCCUGCUCUGUCCUUCUGGUCUUUGACUUAGAUGGCGUGCGGUUGCUCCUCCCAUCGGAGCUGGACCAGGGCGACACGCUGUCCCCGCGCCUGGCAUGGCCGCAAGAGGUGAGUUUGGCAAUGGGCGGCGUGUUUGACGUGUUGUCAUUUGCGCAGCCUUUGGUCUCGGUGAACUUUGGAGUCCAGUGCCGCACGCAGGAGCUCUUUGCUGAGCCAGCUGCUCCAACUAUUGCGCUGGGCAUCUACUACCUUUGCUUGCCGCUUCUGCUCAUCCUCGGUAUUCUGGUGCUGUCCUUUGCUGCGGUAUAUCUCCUGGUACCCAUCGCGAGGCAAUGCGGCGUCCACUUCAAUGAGGUCGCCAAGAGGCACGAACAACGGCGCGCUGUGCUGCAUCGCCUGCGUGCUGCACUGGAGGAACUGAUGGAGCUGAAGGGCAUCAAAGGUAUCUCUUGGCAGGAUAUCGAGCAAUCAGGCGCGUUAGACAUGGCGACCGUUGCCCAACUGGAGGCAGCCAUUGCGCAACCCGACACCUUCCUGCGAAACGCUGCAGCCGGCAGCAGGAAGCUUCUAUUCAAAGCCGUAGCAACCAGUCGCCAUGAUAGUAGCAAUAGCAGCAUUAGUAUUCGUAGCAGCAGUGAUGCGGAUGGAUGCCAAUCGGCAUCGAGCUCUGGCGGUCGAAGCGGCAGAUGUGAAGAACUCCAUCAAGGAAGCACGGCGGUCCACGAGAUUGUUGCCCAACGUGCUACCAACCUUGAGGGGGAGACGCAUGUUGCUCUGAGGCAGGAAUCCGAACUCACCGCGGAGCAGAUCUUGGAUGUGGAUGCUGCAAUGGACUCGCUGGACUUUGGUCUCUUUGAGUCGAAACCAGGCUUAUUUUCCUUAGUGCACCAGAGCAUGCCCAUCAUAUGGAUUGGCUUGAUCUCUCUGUGGCCCGUGUUAAUGGCUGCUUUCCUUCGAAUGAUAUGGUGCGUGCCCAUCCCACAAGAGGGCGAUGACGGUGUUGGCUUCACGUACCGUUUGCUCCCCAGCCCUGACAUCGAGUGCUGGGAAGCCACACACAUCCCCGCUGCAGCCGUGGCCCUUGCAGGCUUGCUUGUCUGGUGCGUUGGGGUGCCAGCUUUACUGGCGUGCCGCCUGUUCUUAAUGCCGGACAGGCAUGGUCCAGAAAACUACAGAAGGUAUGGUUUCUUCCUCCAAGGCUAUGAGCAGGCUUACUGGUGGUGGGAUGUGAUAGCCAAGCGAGUUGAUGUGGGCUCAAUGAUGCUCAUCGCCUACACGUCGCUGGUGCCAACUCCGGAGGCGAAGCUCAUGCUUUACCCAGCAAUUUCAGGGAUUCAGCUCUUCCUGUCGGCCUGGCUUCGGCCCUUCACGAAUCAACAGGCAGGUCUCCUGGAUGUUCUCGAGAUGCUGCUGCAGAUGACCCGCUUCCUUCUCUUUACCACAGUAGCAGCCGUGCUUAUUCUUGCACCGCACACGACAACAGUGCAGUUGCUGGCGAUCUUGUUGCUCAUCGCUGUGCUGGCUGCAGCUUCGUACCUGCUGAUCCAAGUAGUUGCUCAGUUCUUGAAGGAUGCAUCUGGAGUUUCUUCUGCGGAGAACACGACGUCCCCCAUCAUGAAACUCAUUCGUGGCGCCAAGCACCUGGUGCUGGGCUUCACAGUGCCGAUCUUCAAGCAGCACGAAGACGAGCAUCUCCAAUUAUGUUGGCGCUUUGACGAGGACACGAUCAUGGUUCUGAGCGCUUCAGAGAACGCUCCCGGCAAACGAGACAGAGCGUGCCUUUCCCUCCGGCAACUUCGCGCGCAACUCUUGCGUUUCAGUGCUUCCCACCAGCGCUCCACAUUGGCCAAGUUAAACGAAGAGUUUACGACAUUUUGGCUGGUUCAGUUGCAACAGCGCAAGCUGCCAUGCGAGACUGCCAUCAUCCUCUGCCUCCUUGCCGAAGCUAACAAGUACCUCCCGCGCACAACACCCAAGACGCGAGUUGCAGCGGUGUGGAUGCAACAGCUGCAGGAAGGGGCUCAUGAUUCCGGACCCAAGACGUGCACUCCCGAGGAUGUGGAAGCGGCCGUUGCCCGCUUGACACAGCUGGCUCCCGAACAGGCUGUCGCGCUGGUCGAGCACGCCGUGGCGGCAGUUUCCACUAGGCACGACAAGGUGACAAGUAAAACACCCAGCCGGCGAGACAACCACGAUAUCCAGGAGGAGCUUGGGAUUGUGGGCAAUGCCAACCGUGCCACUGGUGAUGCCUUCGACGAUGCCAAACAGCCGCAUGCGGAUCCAGGAACAAAAGCUGAUGCCGUUCCCCUCGUUGACGACACGGUGGAGAAGGACCUCGUUGCCGUCGUCAUGUGA